CCUGCUUGGUGGCUUCUCCGCUAUAAAUAUUUAUUUAAAAACCAACGAACAACAACAACAAAAAAAUCCUCCGGUCUCCAGCAAGUUUCUCGGUAGGACACGCACGCACCUUUCCACAGGAAAAUCUGAUUAAAUCGAGGCCGGACCCCUUCCCCUCAGGCCAGUUGCUCACAGGAGAGCAAGUCUGUUCAGCCCUUGUACUGCUGGACACCUCAGUAGCUGCGGGGCAAACUGGGCAGGUUCGAGCAGGGCUGUGCUGGUCUCCUAGCGACCUGGGAAGCCGUGGGCUAACACACCACUCACGACCCAGCAGUGGUCCUGCAGCCAGCGGCGUCAUGGCGGAGCGUGGGCAGCCGACGAUGUUGGCUCUGAGGCUGUUGCAGGAGCCCCGGAACUGCGGGCGGUACCUGGAGAACCUGCCUUCCAAGUGUCUCAUGAGGCACAAGAGGCUGAAGUUCCCCGGAUUCAUGAACAGUCGGCGCUGGGUGUUCCUGAGAGAGGGACUGGAUGACUUCCGGAAAGGCUGCCCCCCACACCAGCGCCCCAAGGGCGUCCUUCUGCCUCAUAUUCAUCACAGACUUCCCCAAGCUAUCCCCAAGAAGACGCAGAAUGGACUGCCCAAGGGGGAAGCCCUGUCGUCCAAGCUUUCACAAGCAAGGAAGACAUUCUUAGAGGACACAGAGGAUCACAUGGCCCUGCACCCCCUGGCUCUCCACCCCCAUCUGCAAGAAGCUCUGCCUGCUGAGCUCUUACUGCAGGUGCUGGACGUACUCGACCCUGAGAAGAAGUUGGUGGACACAUGGGCUCAUUGUCAGGAUACCAAAAAAUUAUUGAAGGAACCCACAAAGCUUGUAGAAAAAUGUUCUUCUCAAGCGUGCCUACCCAAGAAGAUGCCGGUGUCACAUUCAGGCCAGUGGCUUUGCAAAGAAAAGCCAAACAAAGUGAAUUCGCUCUAUAAGGACAGCCUCCUCCAUGACAACAUACGCAGAGGAGUCCAAGACUUCUGCGACUGGGCCAAGGCUCUUGGAUGUCCACCCAUUGAUGAAGAGUUCAUCCUGCAGCAGUUUGACAUUGAUUAUCAGACCAGACACGGCUGUGAGGCACUUCAUGGGAGGAGGAUUCAGGACAAACCCUUUGUCGAUGGCCAACCUUCCCUGAAAGAGCACGGUGGGCGCCGGAAGGAACCCUAGUCCUCUGAAAGAGCAAAACCUCAUAAGCCCAAGCGGGUGAAGAUGAGGUAUGGAGCCUGGUAUCUGAAGACCAAGCUGUGGAAGAAGCAAAGAGCAGAUGAACCCUUGGUAGAUCCCAAGAUCUCACACAAAGCUCAAGAUGCUAACUUUCAAAAGCAUCUUCAGGAGCAGGCGGUGCUGCUCCUAGGCCUGCACGGAACCACUGCCUUUAAGGACUUCCUUCUGAGCAGGGGUUACAGGAUGUCCAGGUUCCUUGAGAAGAUAUAUGCUGAGGAGAGAGGUAAAUUUGAAAUUACUAAGACUCCUAAAAAGCUCACCCCGACAGAGAGGAACCCUGAGAGAAGAUGAGGCGCUUUUAUUGACUGCAUGCUUAGGCACUGCUCCAUUAUUUUCAUUAAGUAGGAUAUGGUAAGUGCCCACUAUGGAAACUUCAACCAGGCAACAUCUAUAAAUAUAAAACCAGGCAUGGUUCUAAAUGGCUUUCUAAAUGCCUUAAUCGAUUUUCGCACUCUUUUAUUUAUGUAUAGUUGGGUAUGUCUGCAUAUGGGUAUGUACACACGGGUCCUCAGAGGCCAGAUGUGUUGAGUCCCCUGGAGCUGUAGUUACAGGCAAUCAUGAGCUACUAUGUGGGUUCUGGGAAUUGAACCUUGGCCCUCUGGAAGAGCAGAAGUACUUUUAAACCCUGAUGGAUCUCUCUGGCCCCCUUUAAUCAAUGUUUUGUUUGCUUGGUUCUUUUUUUUUUUUUUUGGCUUUUGCUCUUCUUCAGGCAGAGUUUUGCUAUGUAGCCCAGGCUGACCUCUAAUUAGUCACCCUCCCCCCCUCCCCACUCCCACCUUAGCCUCUCAGAGGCUAGUGUUAUAGCUGUCCACCAGCAUAUCUGCCUUAGCAUUUUGUGUUCUACCAACUAUGGAUAUUCAUGUAUAGUCUUCUCACUUGUGUUAUGAAAAUUACAUAAGUAUAUUCAUUCUUUGAAAAAUAAAAUAAAAUCUUAAAUAAA